UUAAUAAAUAUAUGUCAUUCUCUUUUGUGCAUCCUUGUCAAUUUUACCACAAUCACCGUAGAAAUGGGACUACUCAAGGCGGAAGGUGUUAUUUACAAGGCUACGGAGAAGGUUGAUCUGAGUGCUGACAGCCAUGAACCGUAUCAACGUGCCAAUGUCAAAGCUCCUCGCAUGGCUGGAUUUGUGCUCAAAAUGUUUGCAUGGUUUUUGGAGUCCAACAUAUUUGGACCAUUUCUCCUCUAUAUACUUAAGAGAAACAAUCUAAUUCAUAAGCUUGUUUCAAAUGCUGAGCUGGAGGAAUCACCUCUUUAUGUACCUUUGCACCCGUUUGCAGAAGAUUUCAGUGAAAAAGAAGAGAAUGAGAAUUUAAGUCCAUCCCAACGAGUUCAAAAGGCAGUUCAAUGCUUGCCUCCCUCUCUAUCAUCAUCAUCGUCGUCAAAUCUUUCCUUCCGUCGCUACUCCAUAAUGGAUUACUUCAACGCUUACAAUUCAGCACAAAUUACUCCCUUCAUGGUGGCAAAGCGAAUAAUAGGUGCUAUUGGGGAAUCUUGUGAUCCAUCAUUGGACAUGGCGUUCUUUAUUAAUUAUGAUAUUCAAGAUAUUUUGAGACAAGCUGAGGAAUCAACUCAACGUUAUCAAAAAGGCGAGCCGUUAUCAGUUUUAGAUGGAGUCCCAAUUGCUGUAAAGGAUGAAAUUGAUUGUACUCCAUAUCCUACCACAGGAGGUACAAAAUGGCUUCACUUAUUAAGAUCUUGUAAAUCGGAUGCCUAUUGUGUAAUGUGCCUCAGAUCAUGUGGUGCUAUGCUUAUUGGAAAAACUAACAUGCAUGAGCUUGGAGCUGGAACAAGUGGAAUCAAUCCUCAUUAUGGGGCAACUAGGAAUCCAUAUGAUGCUGGGAAGAUUGCUGGAGGGUCAUCUAGCGGAUCCGCUGCAGUAGUAGCUGCAGGACUCUGCCCUGUUGCCCUUGGAGUUGAUGGGGGUGGUUCUGUUAGAAUGCCAGCAGCUCUUUGUGGUGUUGUGGGUUUCAAGCCAACAUUUGGCCGUACACCUCAUUCAGGUGUUCUUCCUCUUAAUUGGACGGUUGGGAUGGUCGGAGUAAUAUCAGGCACCAUAGAGGAUGCAUUUAUCAUUUAUGCAGCUAUUAGUUAUCAACUUCCAUCGCAAGAAUUGUCUGCUAUUCCCCCGCCAAAGCUGUAUUUUCCAAUAUUGAAUUCUACAAGUCCAAUUACAAACGUCACUCUGGCAAGAUAUGGAGAGUGGUUUAAUGAUUGCAGGGAUGAUAUUAAAACAUGUUGUAGUGAUGCAUUAGAGGAAACGCGAGAGAAAUAUGGUUGGAAGACAAUAGAGGUUACGAUACCAGAGAUUGAAGGGAUGCGGCUAGCACAUUAUAUAACAAUUGGAUCAGAAUGCAGCACUUCACUGAGUAGGUAUCUCCCCAAUGAUAAUAUGAAAGAGUUAGGUUGGGACGUGAGGGCUGCACUUUGUGUGUACGGUGCUUUCACCGCCCAAGACUACGUAAAGGCUCAACAACUUAGGAAUCGCUUAAUGAAGUUUCACAAGAGUAUAUUUGCGAAAGCGGAUGUGAUUGUUACACCGACAACAGGCGUAACAGCCUAUCCCAUUUUGAAGGAUGCUCUCCACACCGGAGAGCUUGACUAUGUCAAUGGAGCUGCAUUGGUUCGGUAUCAGAUUGCAGGAAAUUUUCUAGGAUUGCCAGCUGUUACUAUUCCUGUUGGAUAUGAUAAUAUGGGCUUGCCUAUAGGUCUCCAAUUUAUAGGCAAACCAUGGUCUGAACCUACAUUAAUUGACAUUGCAUUUGCUAUGCAGGCUCUACGCAUUUCAAAUUACAAAAAGCCAAGAGUAUAUUAUGAUAUAUUGAAGAAGGACUAAAAAGAACAAGAAGAUAUACUAUUAAUGAAAUUUAUUAUGUACUAGUCGUAUUAUCCCCACAUAUGAGUGAAAUUUAAAUAAUAUUUAAUAUUAGUCAUAAUGUUUUUAGAAUAAUUCAAUGCGAAGAAUACCAAAAAAUAAAAUUCAUAAUAUGUAAACUAUCACAAUGAAAUAAUUAAAAAUUGUUCUAAUUAUUAUAGAGAUGGAUUAUUUUAUAA